AUGGUAUCGAAGAAAAAUGAAACCAACAUCAUGGUCAAGAAUGCUCUGGAUGUAAUUUUCGGUGGCUUAUCCUACUGGAUGUUUGGAUUCGCCUUCAGUCGAGGAGAGUCAGAGGGAUUCACCAACCCCUUCUCUGGCGUAGCUAACUUUUUCGCUGACGCAAAAGACGAGGCAAUGGGCAGCGUCUACGCUUUGUACUUCUUUCAGGCAUCUUUUGCAACAACUGCGACAACCAUCGUAUCAGGUGCCAUUGCGGAACGUGCCAAUUUGCAAGCGUACAUGGUGUUUUCUUUCACAAACACGCUCUCGUUCUGUUUUCCUGCUUACUGGGUGUGGGGGAAUCAUGGCUGGCUUAAAAAGCUGGGUGUUAUAGAUGUUGGUGGCGCUAGUCCGGUGCAUUUAGUUGGAGGCGUGGCUGGUUUAGUGGGGACAAUCAUGCUUAAGUCAAGAAGAAACAAAUUUACAGGCGAUGGCCGACAACAAAAGAUGGCUUCUCCAACCAAUGUUAUGCUGGGCACAUUCAUGCUCUGGUGGGGAUGGCUUGGUUUUAACUGCGGCAGUACGUUUGGGGUCAGUGGUGGCAAGUGGAAACUAGCUUCCCGAUCCGCUGUUUGCACUCUAAAUGCGUCCAUAGGCGGUGGUAUUUUCGCUCAUCUUUUCAGUGUAUUUUACCUCAAGCGUGUCGAUGUUCCCACUCUCAUGUCAGGAAUUCUCGGGAGCCUGGUAAGCAUCACAGCCAUCUGUGCCGUCGCACGGCCUGGGGAGAGCAUUUUUAUAGGAUUUAUCGGCAGCGUGAUUUCAGUGAUGGGUUGGAUGCUGUUGGAAAAGCUGAAGAUUGACGACCCUGUUGGAUGUAUACCCUCCCACCUUGGUGGCGCACUGUGGGGCAUGAUAGCUGUCGCCUUCUUUGUCGAGUUAGAUCGCUUAGAGGAUUUCUCAGAAACAUACGGGGUCUUCAAAGGUGGCCACAUACGACUUCUUGGGGUGCAGCUGUUGGCCUGUUUGACGAUUGCUCUUUGGUCAGCGUUCAUCGCCUUUGCCCAGUUCUACAUCAUCGGCAAGUUCAUCCACUUCAGAUUCUCUGAGGAAGAGGAAAGACUGGGAGCAGAUCUCUGUGAGCACGCGGUAAAUCACAGCACUGAACGUCAAACUUCAGAGCAGCUAGAGCGCCUGCGCGCGGCGAUGGUGGCAAGAAACCAAGUAGCACCUGCUGGAAAUCAGCACGAAGAUGCAGAUGGCAGCAGCAAGAUUGGGCUCGGAAAAUUUCGGUCGGCUGUGUUCGCUUUGAGAGGUUUACAGCGGAAAACAAAGGUUAUUCAAAUAAAAGAAAAACAGGAUGAUUAAUUUACGGUUUGCUAGUAUAUUAAUUUUACACCAUGCAUUUCAGACAAAAACACAAUGACACUACAAACACACGGUUGUGUUGACUAUACGGAUUGAACUCAAUUAAUCAAUGGGUCAAAUCUAUUGCCAUAACAUCUUUGUACAGCCGAGUUAAACACCUUAGUUCCAAUAUUCAUAAGGCUAGGUAUAUGCCUCCACUAAAACAAAUACAGUGUAUCUACAAACAUUUAUGUUUGGGACAGGAGGAUAAAACAAAAUGUCAUACCAGAAUGCACAAAUAACAAACAAUUUUAGUAGUGUCAGGAAGAAUAAAGGCAAAUCAUUGUGACACAGACUCUGCUUUACAAAUCCUGUAUAUCUGAUGGAUGCUUUACUUUAAAUACCCCUUUAACCGUUAAUUUUGAAGGAUUUUUAUCAAACUGUCUUUAGAAUUUUGACACAUCUCAAAAAAUAAAAUAAAAAACAAAACAAAAGCAAAACAAAAAGAAAGAAAGAAAGAAAGAAGAAAGUGCUCUGCAUUUCUUUUGGCAUGGGGCUUACAGAAACCUGUUUUAUACCAGAGAAUAAUUUCAGGUGGAACAAGACUUAGAAAAUCUUUCACGGUUUCAGAGUACUGGGCACUGUUUUUUUUAUCUUUAAGGUAGUUCCCCUUUGAAAAAAACAUACUAUCCUAAGUUUUCAAAGAAAUUUAACACAAUAAUCAUUAGCAAUUACUGAUAGCCAUGUAUAGGGCAUUGAAAAAAUACAAUUAAAAAAAGGCAUCUCCAUAUUUGUUUUCACCCCGUAUGUCCAUUGUUCUAGUACUGUAAAUGAACUGUUUAAAAUCUAUAGCCCAUUUGUUUGUCUGGGCUAUAAUAUUUCAGUAUAAAAGAGAUUUCAAAUUGCUGGAUCUUACAACUAAAUUAUGUAAGAAAAUUUAGACCACUGUAUCAUCUUACUCCUCCAAGUUAGAUGCAGAGUUUUGAGGCUCUGCAUGAUUCAAGCCCAUCUUUCCUUUUAUAUAAGCUGUAAUUAAGGCCGACUUUCAAGAUGGAAUUCAAUAGUGCAUAGGGUACCAUAAACUUUGCCUGAACAAAUCUUUUUUUUGCCUUUAAUUCUUGCAUUCAGAGGUCAUGAAGCUGGAAUGUCUCAUGCAUAUAGCCUGCAAAGAGCAGAUGUAUUUCCGGUCGUCGCUUCUCUCCCUCCAAAAAAAAGUGACGACCAGAAAUGCAUCUGCACUUCACAGGCUAUAUGCAUGAGACAUUCCAGCUUCACGACCUCUGAAUUGAGUUAUUACAUGUAUUUCCUGUGGUUUAUGUUUCUGUAGGCGUGUUGUUGUGACAGGAUUUGAUUGUUUUUCUUUGACCUCUUAAAAGCCUAAAGCUUUUUAGUAAGGCUAAAGAACCUUUCAAUAAAGAUUUUUAGUUUCUUUUCUUUUCACUGAAAUCCCUGGAGCUGAAUAGCUGCAUUCAUGUAGUUGUCUGUAUAAAAAAUGUUAUAAUUUUCUGAUUGCCUGCCAUGUUUUGAUGACAGGCCCUAAAGCCAUAAAAAUCUUCAUUUACAUGAUGUAGUGAUCUACGAGUAACACCCAAUCAAAUCAUUUUCCACACAUUCUCGGAAAAAUCACAUGGCCUCCAUACACAAUGAGCAAAGGUGAAUCACAGAUGCCCCUUCUCUAAUUUUUUUCUGAGGGGAGGGGACGGCUAUACACAGGCUAACACUUGACAAGACAACCUUGAAUGGGGAAAAGGGGGGGGGGGGAGGGGGGGGAGAAGAGAAUCUCUUCUAUUGGAAGAGGCAUCAUGGAGUAAGAAAUGUGUUAAAUUUUUUAUACUUUAACAGAUUAUCACUGACAAACAUUAAUUUAUUAUAAGAUGACUAUGCCGAGGAGAAACAGAAAAAUGGUUGCGGUGGUGUGAAAAGAGUUUGAAUGAAAAUUUAACUUACCUGGAAUUUGAAAAGCAGCAAAACCAUUGUAAACGAAUCAAGGUUGAGAAGGUCCUCUUAACUAUAGCACAUGAAUACUUCUGCCGGCGUAUUGUGCAAGACACUGACAUGUGGGCGGCCAUGUGCCGGCAUGAUGGUGAUUAAUUGAUGAUGUUUCCAAAAGCUGGAGUCAAGGACAGCUUGAAGACUGCACUGAGGCUGACGAAAACACACAAAAGACGUUUUAAGUUACUUUCAUCUCAAAACUUUGUAGAUGCUCUGCAGGAAUAGCGUCUAGGAAAGCAGAAAGGCAAACCUGGUAAAAGCUAAGUGCGUAGUCGCCGGCAUAUAUAAUAUUUUAAAAAUACCUUCGCCAGUACCAAACUAGCUGACUUGAUCAGACCCUAGCCUGUUCCAGGCUGACCAUGUGUAUCCACAACCUGUACUCGUGUUAAGUUGUUUCAUGUAGAAUCUCAGCCGACAAAGAAGCGACAAUCAAAAAGAGAACAAUUUGAUACCAGCUGUUUGAUACCGUAAAACGCUGCAGAGAAAGACGCGAGGGUCUGGUUAAGAGCAAGUUCUCGCCAGGCGUUACUGGCGCGAUAAGACGGAGGGUUGGAACUAGUAGUAAUUGGUCACAUCCAAGAUGGCCGCCUUUCGAGGUCAGUUGUGGACUCGAUUGGGACAAAUAUCUCACCGUUCCUGUAAGUUAAGGCAAUCUAUCCAUGGUAGUAGAUAUCUUUAUGUUAACUUCACUUUAAAAUUGUUCUAACUCGAGUUUUCUACAGGCAGAAAUUGAGGUUUUCAAAGGAUUUAAGUUAGUUUUCUCAAGUGGACCAAUAUGACUCUACACAGCACUUGCUCUAACCGGAUUUUGUUCUUGAAUUUUUUCUGGUAUUCGGCAUCUAAUUAUUAGGCCGAAAAGCGGAUAAGCAAGUCUUCUUAAUACCGGAGAAGUUAAGUCCUUUUUUGAAAGAGCUACACGGUGGUACUGUAGCUGACCAGUGAAAAAACAUUGUUUUGUUUGCUGUUUGCAGUAAGAAUCAGUCAGCCAGUGAGGAACGUAACUAGUAACACAACUGAAAAGGAACGUGGUUUAUUGAGAAGAAUAAUCACUGACUGGAAAACGCCUGUAAGUAUUUAAGUGAUGCUGUUAAGUUUUUGUUUACACCAGCCUGUAGACUAUGCAUGUUUAGUUAGGGCCAUUCCAUGUAAUGUAUUCCACCCCCUCCCUUCCCCGUGGCUUAUUUGCCUCAUCAAGACCACUGGUAAAAUUUUUUUCUCAAAUCCCCCAGUUACUGUACAUGUAAAAAUGCUAUAUUUCUUGUAAAAGUGUAAGAUAACUUUUGUUGCCUGUUUUAGUCUUUAGUGUUCCUAAGUGGAGUAGCUGGUUGUUUGUUUUAUGAAAGGUUCAUAGGUAAGUUAAUAUGAAAUUAAUGAAACUGCAAAAAUAUAGAGGAGGGAGUGGCAGUAAACCUGAGCCUUUUUAAGAUGUUAUGAGUACAGCAUCACUCAUAACUAAGUUAUCAGUCAUACCGUAGAAUCCCGGUUAUAAGCCCUGGGCUUAUACAAUUUCGUAAGGGUUUUUGGGUGGGCCUAUAAUCGGGGGGGCUUAUAACCCGGGGGGCUUAUAAUAGGGAGGAAAAAAACGUCUAAAAAAUACGGUAUGUCGCUAAUUUACCGCCUAAUUAUUGUUAACUGUAUACGGUACCGGUAUAACAGGGGGUAUAACGGGAGGAAAUUUCUAUUAGCAGAGAGGUCGGCUUAUAAUCGGGUGGGCUUAUAACCGGGGGCUUAUAACCGGGAGGAAAUUUCUAUUAGCAGAGAGGUGGGCUUAUAAUCGGGGGGGCUUAUAACCGGGGGGGCUUAUAACCGGGAUUCUACGGUAUCUAAUUUCCUUCACUACACAAAUUGCAUCAUAUGCUGCAUAAUUGUGCCACAAGAAUCACAAAGUAAAACACUAGUGAAGUGGAAAUUUUAGCACUGUAGCAGUAUCCUACAGGACUAGUUGUAUACUGUUUCUUGGGUUUGUGAGAAAAUGAAACUUUUUCUAGAGCUCAUCUAUUUGUUUAGCCAUUGAAAAGCAAUUUUUAUAUAAUUUAGAUUGUACAUGUAGCCUACAUAGCAGUGAAAAUAGAUUUAUGCAUGCUUGAGUUAAAUGUUAAACUCUUUUGUUGUUUACUUUUGUUUAAUAGAAGAACCAGAUGAGACUGGUAUGAGAGAGGUAAGUAAUGUUGGUUUAUCUUAGUCACUGAAUAUCCAGUUUGAAUGUGUAAAUUACAUUACAUCAUAAUUUUAUUUAGGCACAUUAAUUGGGGCCAUUUAUUUAUUCCAAGAAACAUAUAAGACACGUCUUACAUAACAUAAGACACAUUCUAAAUAAUACGCAAACUGUUGUGUAUAAAUGGCACAUUUUGUUUGAAAUAAGACGUGACUUAGCCAAGAUUCAUCCUUUCUAAGAACAGCCCUUAACACCUGUUGUUAGACAAGAGGCAUCUUACUAUUACAGCUGAGUCAAGUUUUUUUUAAAACAAAAUGUGCCGUUUAUACACUACAGUUUGUGUCGUAUUAUGGACACACCUUAUUUGUCCUUGCACAAAUGGCCUUACUGUCUCAACUCUACAAAAUUUUUUGCAAUACAGUAAAUACAUCAUUUUGAUAAGUGUGCAUGAAUAAUGCAAUCUCCCGUAAGUGUGUUUGUGUGUGGUAUUUUCAACAGCCUUUAAUAACAAGACUCAUGGUAGAGUACAUUAUGCCAGAUCCAGAGACUCAAAAACAGAUAAGAGAUGAACACAUGCGCAUUGUUCGACAAAGAUGUGAUGAGUAGUAUCCUUUAUAUUAUGACAAUGCUAGUUCAGGUUAUGUGAAAUUUACAAUAUUAUUGUUAGUUAUUACCAGUAGCAUAAACAAAAAACAGUCCUCUGAGAGGACAUGAGCUUAGUGGCAAUGAAUAGUCUGUACAAAAGCCAUGUGCUUGCAAAACCAAAUUCUUCUCCAAGGCAGUCAUGUUAACCAUUGACUUCUCGGCACGUGCACUUAUUGUCACUGUGUGUUACGUGCUAUAAGUGCUUUAUAGCAUGUAAGGUUGGUUCAGCGGCCACACGCAAAGUUAAAACUUUCAUAGAUACGGUUCUGGCACUAUUGUAAUUUCUUGCCAAGAGUAAGCAUGCAAAUGUCAUAACGAAAUUACCAUAACAUGAAAUUUCAAAAAUGCCAGUUGUUUCAAAGUUAUGCAAAUUUGUGACAUUUUAAGUGAAUGAUUACAUAGUAAAAGUGACAGAUUUGUGUUUGCAUUUUCCCACAUUGUGAUUUUCAAUGUUAAAUACUAUUAAAGGUUAAAAAUAUUCGUUACUGGUAAAACUCAAUCAACACAUAAAGCAAUUACGAAUGGAUGGAAAUAGCAAAGAAAUAAUUUGGCCAAACGCCCUUAUUCAAGAAUUAUAAGUCAAAAUAGAAUUCUUUUCCUGUAAAAUGAUAUUUGAAAGACUAUUCCUCACAGACGCAAACACCUUACGCUUUUCUAAAAUAACGGAGCAUAACAUCUCAUUUAAACUUUUUAGAAAGGCUAAGAACAAUCAGUAUCAAAUUCCUCCUUGUCAUAACGACGCUUUACAAAACAGAGUAAAAAAAAGAUAUAGGAGAUUGUAAGUAUCGAACCCAGUCCCUUCGGCUCCGAAGGUCAUUGUGUUACUGCAUUUAAAAGAACAAAAAGAAAUGACCUUACCAUCAUUCAUUCUUAUGCCGACGAUAGCAUAAAGGUUUCUAACUUUUAGCCAGUAAGCUUAAAAAAUUGGUAUGGGGGCCUGGACCACUAAUGUAAAGCAGAGCAGAAUAUAGUAAAUGCCUAAAUAACCACCCCAUUUCUAAAAUUUCAAUGUUGUUACAAAUUCCCCUUGUGCAACUAAAGGUACUGUUAGUGAAAUAGUAUCUUUAUGGUCCCAGUGCACUGUUCAUUUCCACACAGUUCCCCCUCACUACCCCUACCCCCUCCACUUUUAAAUCUGCCCAUGUUGAUAGACAAGAGAGCCUUGGUACAAAAACACAUUACAAUGUAAAUGUAGAAUGACAAUCCUUAACAGUUGUUUUCAGUUUGGAAAGAAAACGAAAACCAAGGUUGGGCAUGCAGCCAUUUGAUCUUGAGGAGAUUGGCAAAGACAUCCAAAGAGCCCCAGAAUUUGGUCCUGAUGGAUACUGAACAAACAGAUGUUCCAUUGUGUGUUCAUUUCAAAGCACUAUUUGUGUAUUUCUCUGAUAUACACAUGAUUUUUAGUGUAUCUUGUCCAAUUUUAGCCUGAGAAAACAGCCUUCAUUGCAGUGCCUUCAACAGCAGGAAAUGACACCUGAGGAUCGGAAUGUGCGCAGAAAUUCCAUACUGAUGGUGUGUCACUAGCCAGAUCUGGUUGAUGUCAUUAGUAUGGAAUUUCUGCUCUCGUUCCUCAGACAUCCUUUUGUGGGGAAGCCAUUUGUGGUAUUGUGAAAUGACAGCUGUUUUUUUUUUCAGGCUACGUAGUACAAUAUUUGAUUAAACAGUUAACUGAGGCUGGUUAUUGACUAAAGCAGUUAUACUUCUUGGUUGUCAAAAGUAAAAAAAUAGGUUAAACAGAGGUGUUGUUUGUGGAAUGA